UGGCAUUCUCUUUUUACUUAUAAAAAAUAUAUUUUUGGCGGGAAGAUAUGAAAUUUAACUGUAAUAUUAUAAAUUGAUAGUUCAUGGAUGAUUUAGUGGUUGCGUGGUAUUUCGGUGUUUGUAUGAUUUUAUUAAUUGCCAAUUUCCUCUGUUAGGGAUUAAGACUUCGAUCUUGUCGCUUAGAAAAAAAUCAAACUUCGUAAAUUUAUAGUGUAGUUUAACUAACACUAGUGCUGUAAUGCAUUAAGUAAUCACUACGUUACUCUAAUAUUAGACUGUAUUGUAAUAAACGUAAAAAAUAAAAUACUUGUUUUAUGUAGGUACACGCAUUGGAAAUAGGAAGGGAGGGAACUAUUAGUAGAUUUUAUUGUAUUGUCAAAUCAACUUCUACGUAGUUCUCUUUGUAACUAUUUGUCAUUGUAGAUCAACUGACUUACCCGAUUUUAUAUCACUUAUUAUCACUUACUGUUACGCCACUAGUAUAUAUUACAUAUAUAUAGCACAGGCGUGGUUUUAAAUAAGUUUUCGUUUAAUAAAAAAUAGAGUAGAUAAUCCUUUCCUAAAUUGUGGCUUAGUUUUGGGUUUUAUGCUGUAUUUAUGCUUCUUUUGCACUUCUUUCGUACUAACAGAAUGCGUAAUCGUCAAAUAUUGUAUUUAUUGUAAAUGUAUUGAUUCUAGUAUUGUUAUACAUUUUGUUUGUCUGUAAAUUUAUGGGAAAUAUAGAUUAAAACCUGCAGGUUAUAAAGUGAAAUAAAAAAAAGAAAAAAAAACACGAAAUUUGAAUUUGGAUUUUUCAUAGUUUUAAAAUUUCAACAAAAUAUCAAUAAUGCGUUUGGCAUGCCACAUCUGUUUUGUUAUUGAAAUUGGACUAAAGAUUUAAACCAAAUAAUGUCUGGGAAAGUUGCGGAUCCUUCGCCAGAAGCUGAAGUAAGUGGGGUGCCACCGGAUACCAAUGUGGAACAGGCUGAAGAUGUAGCAGAAACUGCAGCAAAACUAGACGAACUGUCUCGGAGGAUGUCGCGGAAGGAAUCUGCGUUUUCACAACCGAUAGACGAUGGAGAGAGGGUAGAAGUAGAUAGAACUGCACUUGAAGCCAUACUCGAUGUCGGGUCUCGACUUCAAGAUAUUCAAAAAAAGAGUAAAGUUUCCAUGAGUACGCUAGCAUUGGCUCAUGAGUCUUAUAAAGACAAGCAAGCCAAAGCAAAGGAAGCCCGUAAUAAUCGAAUAGGAGGUCUUAAAACUCAGCAUAGAUUUUUAUUGGAAAAUGUAGCAGCGAUAUUAAAUAAAAGCACUGAAUAUGUUUUGGAAGGAGUGUUUGAUGCAGAUAUUCACAUAGAUCUUUUAGAAAGUGCUGUUGCUGAAGGUGGAAGAAAUUGUAUAAUUCUUUGCGAUGCUUUGUUGCCGCCACUAAAAAUGGAAUCUGGGCGGUUUAUUCACAAUCAGAAAACAAAGAUGGAGCGUACAUAUCUAUCUGAUGUGUCCACUAUAGCUACAGAGGGCAUGUGUGUGGCUAUGUAUAGGAUCAGGAACAAACUUAUUGAUACAAAGAAUGUCGCUGAUGAUUAUUAUUUGGUAAUGUUUGAUAUGAAUCAAGAAACAGAAAAUGUAGUGUCUGGUAUAUAUAAGACGUUGAACCGUGUGUAUGUACCUGCUUUACAAGCUUGUAAAGCUUGGGGUGACAUCAAUCCUCCAAACCCUAAGAGUGCAGAUAUUAUCAAGUACUACAAAUCAAAGAUAAUGUUAUUUAUUGACUAUCUUGCAAAAACCAAAGUAGAUUUAGAUUGUUGUACGAAAUUCAAUAUAAACCUGAUAUUGUAUGAAGAUGAAUUGUCUGAUCAGGAUAAAAUGAAGUUAGCAAUAACAAAAACACACGUUCUGGAAGAAAUUUGUAGUUAUGUCAAGCAAUGGGUCAGACAAAUUACCAUGGUAUUGGUACAAAGUCAGCAGCUGCGACGUGAACCUUCCAAUAUAGGUCCUUUAGCGGAGUUAGAUCAUUGGCGUCGUCAGUUGACCACAUUUACUUCAAUAAUAGAACAUAUAAAUAGUGAUCCUUGCCAUAUGUAUAUACAUACGUUGAUCCGAGCGAAAUCUAAACUUAUAAAGAAAUGGCGAUUAUUGGAUAAUCAAGUUACCGAUUAUUAUAAUGAGGCAUAUGAUAACGUAAAAUAUUUGUAUGCUUUAGAAAAAUAUUGCGAACCUUUGUAUAGGUGUGAUCCAGUUACUAUGCAGCAAUACAUACCUGGUUUAAUAUAUACAAUUCGAAUGAUAUUCGCCACGUCGCGCUAUUACAACACUACAAAGCAAAUAUCAACAUUACUGGUCAAAGUUACUAAUCAGAUACUCAAUAUGUGUAUGGACUACUUAACUAAUGGUGGGAAGAAGACUAUUUGGAACCAGGAUAAGUUAAAUUUUAUAAAGAAAGCUAGGUUAUGCCUGAACCUAUAUAACUUUUACCGUGAGUGCUACAGCGAAACUCAGAAAGAAAUGAUGGAAGCUGCUGAUGAGAGACCAUUUGAUUGCUCUGAAAUGUACAUCUUUGGAAAGUUUGAAACAUUCAGAAUAAGAUUGGAAAAGAUUAUAGAUUUAUUUCAAACGUAUAUUACAUAUUAUGUUCUUAAUAAAACUACAUUAGAAGGCAUUGAAGAGUUUGCGACUAAUUUUAAUAAGCUUUUUAAGACUAUAUCUACCAAAACUUAUGAUGCAUUAGAUCACAGGCGGCCUGAUUUUGAUAAAGAUUAUAAAUCAUACAAAGAUGCUGUCGCAGCUCAAGAGUUACUUCUGGAAAAUUUCAUGAUUGCGAGCGUCAACAAAUGUCCAACAACGGAAAUUGCGUUACAAUUGUUGGCACGGUUUGCAACGCUAAAGUUGGAUUGUUUGUAUCUCGAAGAUCAAUAUUAUGAUUUAAUAAGUAAUUACACUGCUGAAAUUGAAUCUAUACGAGAUAGAUAUAAUGAAGAACGUGAAAAUCCAGAGCUUCCAAGGAAUAUGCCUCCAGUUGCAGGUAGAAUCAUGUGGAUUCGAUUUUAUGACAAAAAUAUCAAAGGUCCAAUGGAAGAAUUUAUGAAGCAUUAUGAAGUCAUUACGCAUAUGAAUACACAAAGAUGUAUAAAAUUGUAUAAUGUAAUGUGUAUAGUAUUUACAGAAUUUGAGUUAAUAUAUCAUAAAGCUUGGGCAGAAAAUGUUGGCCAGGUGCGUCUCGGUUUAGUUGCGCCGCUUUUAGUUCGUCAUCCUGUAACGAACAUGUAUAUUGUAAACUUCAGUAUUUAUAUACCGGAGUGUAUUAGAGAAGUGGAGUACAUGUGGCAAUUGGGUCUGAGCGUGCCGGAUGGUGCUCAGAUUGUUGCAUUCUGCAAGGAUAAAAUAUUAGGAAAUUACGAGCGAAUAAAAUAUUUGGUUGAUCGCAACAACCAGAUAAGAAGGAGCAUGCCAAAGUUAUAUUUACCUUUACUUCGAGCACAACUGAUAAAACUUGAGAAAGCAUUUCAACCAGGUCUUUCUACCAUAACGUGGACUUCAUUGGAAAUACCAUCUUAUUGUGACAACAUCGAUGCUGUUUUGGAUGAAGUAGACCUAUUUGUUAAAGAGGUAGUAGAUAUGAAGGAGGCUCGAAUUGAUGCGAUUUUACAGUCUAUUACAAAGACUUUAUUAGUGUACUUGCCAGAACAAGCUAUCGAUCCAGGAGUAUUUUAUGAGGAGAAUUAUCAAAGACGUGAUGACAUAGCAUUGGAUUUACAACAAAAGUCAUGUAAUGCAGAAAUUGCAGUUAUAGAGUUGAUCAAUAAAUUCUUGGAAAGUGUGCCUUCUAAACAGAUUCAAGACUUAAAAGAUAAUUGGUUAGAUAUAGAGAAGGCAUUAAAACAAGUAACAUCAGCUACAAGAGUAUUCCCUGAGGAUGCUGCAUUUCUAGAGAUAGAGAAUCCAGAUCGAUUUGACGUAGUGCCUGUGAUUAACGAAUGCAAUGAACUAUUUGCUUAUUUUGCUACCAAGUGUCUCGAAUCACUUAUAAAAUGCACACGACAGAGUUUAGAUUUAUUGCGGCGACGAGCUUCGGUAUCCAGCUUCCUUACAAUGACGACUGAUCCCGAGGAACAAAAGAAACUCAAACCACUUAUGUUAACAAUGAUGCAUUUGAUGAUUCCUCGCAUUUUGAUAAAACCCACGUUGGAGGAAAUACAGACUUCGUUUUCUCAAGUGGUGUUGAAUUGUAUAAUGGAUAUUCAUCGUAACGUUUAUAUGUGGGGUCAACAAGAGCUGUUAAAAAAGGAGAAAAUGGGAGCACGAUCAUUGUUAAAUAGUAGAAGUAUGAGUGCUGGGUCUAGGUCAGGCUCGAACAUCCUUGGUAUCAGAAGUUACUUCAGAAUGGUCUCUGAGCAUAAAGAUAUCGUUAGAUCUGUAAUGGCUUUACAAGGAAUGAUGUACAUGUUUAAACCGGAUAUCGAGAAGUUAUUAAAAAGCUAUGAAAGAUUCGCUCAUUUGUGGGCCGAAGAUAGAGUACAACAAGUACAAAGUUUUGUGGAUUCUAACCCUCUGAAUGUAAUUAUCAGAGAUAUGCUUAAGAAAUAUGAAGGACAAACUGAGGAAGUACUUAAUUUGCCAGAGCGGCAUAUUAUUGGUUCAAUUCAAAUAAAUAUGGAUAAAAUAAAAUUGGCUUUGCAUGUAGAAUCUAUAGAAUGGAAGCGUAUACUAGGUAAAUUGCUAAGUCGAGCCUACAAAGAGCGUGUGCAAAGACUAAUGCAAUUCAUUAAUGAUCGUAUGAAGACUAUGGGCAAAAAGAUUAAGGAUUUAGACGACGUCAGAGUAGCUAUGUUAUGCCUUGAAUUGAUCCGAGAUGAAUUUAUAGGGAUGGACAUGGAAUUAGAUUUAAUUGAAGAAAGCUAUGCAACAUUUGCGCAAUUUAAUAUUGAUAUACCUAAAGAGGAUGCGGAUAUGGUUUAUGGAUUACGCUAUGCAUUUCAAAAUAUGCUUUUAACUUCGCAGCAAGUACAACAGAAAAUAGUAGAUAUGCAAGGACCUCUUCAGAAAGAAUUGACUGAAGGUGUGGCGACUUUCUUAGAAGAUGUGUUGAAAUUUGACGCCGAUUACGAUGCUUUUGGGCCCAUGACUCCCGGUCUUACUGCCAGAGAGGCUAGUGAUAGAGUUAUCAUGUUCCAAUCAAGAUUCGAUGAUCUAUGGCGACGAUUUGAAAUGUAUUCCAAUGGUGAAAAGUUAUUCGGAAUGGAAGUUAAGGACUAUCCUAUAUUACAUCAAAAGAAGAAAGAAUUUAAUUUACUUAGCAAAUUGUAUAGUUUGUACUUGGCUGUAAUGAACUCUAUCGAUGGAUACUUUGAGACACCAUGGGUUGAAAUCGAUAUUCAACAAAUUAUAGCACAAUUGACAGAAUUCGAUCUUCGAUGUCGUAAAUUACCAAGGGGAAUGAAAGACUGGCCUGCUUUCAUAGAAUUAAAGAAUAAAAUCGACGACUUCAACCAAACUUGUCCAUUACUAGAGCUUAUGGCAGAUAGAUCCAUGAAGGACAGACACUGGAGGAGAUUAGAGAAACUAAUGAAUUGUGUUUUGGAUGUGGAAUCUGAUUCAUUCACGCUUGCGAAUGUUAUGGAAGCACCUCUAUUGAAAAAUAAGGAAGACGUUGAGGAUAUCUGCAUUAGCGCAGUAAAAGAAAAAGACAUUGAGGCGAAAUUAAAACAAGUAAUUGCGGAUUGGGCAGUCGUAGAUUUAACGUUUUCUCCAUUCAAAAACCGCGGCGAGUUGCUUCUCAAGGCGCAGGACACACUUGAUAUUAUUACAAUGCUGGAAGAUUCACUCAUGCUGCUUAAUUCUUUGGCAUCUAACAGAUAUAAUGCACCUUUCAAAAAGGACAUACUUUUAUGGAUUAACAAGUUGGUAAGCACAAGCGAGAUUCUAGAGAAAUGGCUUCAAGUGCAGAAUUUAUGGAUGUAUCUGGAGGCUGUGUUUGUGGGUGGUGAUAUUGCAAAGCAGUUGCCGGCUGAAGCUAAAAGAUUUGGCACAAUAGACAAAACAUACGUGAAGAUUAUGUACCGAGCUCGCGACAUAGUCAACUGCGUGGAGACUUGCACAUCCGAUGAUACGCUCAAACAGUUAUUGCCGCAUCUAUUUGAACAGUUAGAAGCUUGUCAAAAAUCACUCACUGGUUAUCUCGAGACGAAGCGAUUGAUAUUCCCAAGGUUCUUUUUCGUGUCCGACCCGGUGUUGCUAGAAAUCCUUGGACAGGCAUCCGAUCCCCAUUCUAUACAGCCUCACCUGCCGAGCAUCUUCGACGCGAUGUACACGGUCGACUUCGAUGACAAGGAAAGGAUAAUCAAUAUGAAUUCCGAUAAUGGCGAGACCAUUCCUUUGGAACGACCUGUCGCUUGUAUUGGAGGUGUAGAGAUUUGGUUGAACACUUUGCUGGACACAAUGAAAGAUACUGUUAGGAAUAUGAUUGCCAACAUUUCUCAAACGAUGGCCGGUGAUCCAGAAUUUGAGUUUUUGGUCGGCUUUUGGAAUUUUCCAGGACAGGCUGGCUUGUUAGGUAUGCAAAUCUUGUGGACCAGUGAUGCAGAAUAUGCACUAAAGAAGGCAAGAGCUGACCGGUUUAUUAUGAGGCUGACCAAUCAGAAAUUCCUUGAUUUAUUGAAUGGACUAAUCGAUUUGACGGUCAAAGAUUUAGUGCCUUUAGACAGAACUAGAGUCGAAACUAUGAUUACGAUUCAUGUACAUCAAAGAGACAUCUUUGAUGAUUUGGUACGGAUGAGAAUAAAAUCACCUAUAGACUUUGAGUGGCAGAAGCAGGCUCGGUUCUAUUACUUUGAAGACACUGAUGAUUGUAUUGUGUCAAUUACCGAUGUAGAUUUCUUGUAUCAGAACGAGUACCUCGGCAUUACAGAGCGGUUAGUAAUUACGCCACUGACGGACCGCUGCUACAUCACGCUCUCGCAGGCUAUCGGUAUGAGUAUGGGCGGUGCGCCCGCCGGGCCCGCUGGCACUGGCAAGACUGAGACUACCAAAGACAUGGGCAGAACGCUUGGAAAACUCGUCAUUGUGUUCAACUGCUCAGAUCAGAUGGACUUUAGAGGCUUAGGCCGUAUUUACAAAGGGCUAGCGCAAUCAGGAACAUGGGGUUGCUUUGAUGAAUUCAAUCGCAUUGAGCUUCCCGUAUUAUCCGUAGCAGCGCAGCAGAUUUAUAUCUGCCUUACUGCAAGAAGGGAAAAGCGAGAAUUCUUUGUAUUUAGUGAUGGCGACGUAGUAAGUCUAAAUCCUGAGUUUGCAUUCAUUAUCACCAUGAAUCCUGGGUAUGCGGGUCGUCAAGAACUCCCGGAGAACCUGAAGAUCCAAUUCCGUUCCGUAGCCAUGAUGGUGCCUGACAGACAGAUCAUUAUCAGGGUCAAGCUGGCUAGUUGUGGUUUCAAGGAGAAUAUACUAUUGGCUCGCAAAUUCUUUACUCUAUACAAACUGUGCGAAGAGCAGUUGUCUAAGCAGGUGCAUUACGACUUUGGUCUACGAAAUAUUCUCUCUGUAUUAAGGACCAUGGGCUCACAGAAACGAGCGAACCCUGAGAGUACUGAGGAGAACAUUAUGAUGAGAGUGUUGAAGGAAAUGAAUGUAUCUAAAUUAGUAGACGAAGAUGAACCAUUGUUUGUGUCUUUGAUUGAAGAUUUGUUCCCUGGUAUUAAACUAAGUCAAACUGUGCACAGAGAAAUGCAACGUGCCAUAAACUUGGUAACAGAACGGACUGGUUUAGUUAACCACCCGGAUUGGAACUUGAAGAUCAUUCAGUUGUAUGAAACAUCGCUCGUACGGCACGGUUUAAUGACCAUGGGUCCUACUGGUUCUGGGAAAACCACGUGCAUCCAUACUUUGAUGGCAGCGCUAACGGAAGUUGGUAGACCGCAUAAAGAAAUGAGGAUGAAUCCCAAGGCUAUAACUGCUCCACAAAUGUUUGGCCGAUUGGAUGUGGCAACUAAUGACUGGACAGAUGGAAUAUUUUCGACUUUGUGGAGAAGAGCUUUGAAAGUGAAAAAGUCUGAUACUACUUGGAUUGUAUUAGAUGGUCCUGUGGAUGCCGUAUGGAUUGAGAACCUAAAUUCCGUACUUGAUGACAAUAAAACUUUGACAUUGGCCAAUGGUGAUCGUAUUACUAUGGCACAGAACAGUAAACUUGUGUUCGAGCCUGAUAAUGUAGAUAAUGCUUCUCCAGCUACUGUCAGUAGGAUGGGAAUGGUGUUUCUAUCAUCAUCUGUACUCAAGUGGCAGCCUGUACUCGAGGGCUGGUUGAAAAAGAGAUCGCAAAAAGAAUCUGAUUCCCUACGUAAUGCUUUUAAUAAGGUUUACAACGAAGUUCAUAUGUAUGUACAACAAAAGCUACCAGCUAAAAUGAAAUUACUCGAAGCUAUAUAUAUAAGGCAAUGUAUAGAUGUUUUGAUUGGUCUACUGCAGAUAGAAAUUCCUGGUGGUAAAUUGCAUACAGACCGUCACUUGGAGCGACUGUUUAUAUUCGCCAUGAUGUGGUCGCUGGGAGCAGUGCUAGAGUUGGAUGCACGUACACGUAUGGCCGAGUUUAUGACAAAGUUACCCGUCAAAAUGGAUUGGCCUGGGGCCAAGUCUAAGGAAUGGAUCAUGCCUUUUGAGUAUAUGGUCAAUGAAACGGGAGUGUGGCAGCAUUGGUCUGAGAUUGUAGAAGACUAUAUUUACCCGCCAGAUAGUAUACCAGAAUAUGCCUCCAUUUUAGUACCAAACAUCGAUAAUGUGUGCAUUUCAUUCUUGAUCGAGACUAUAGCGAAACAAAACAAAGCAGUCUUGUUGAUUGGUGAACAGGGCACAGCAAAAACCGUGAUGUUAAAGAGUUAUAUGCAAAAAUAUGACAAUGAAGUCAAAUUGUAUAAAAUGAUCAAUUUCUCAUCUGCCACCACGCCUAACAUGUUUCAAAGAAUCAUAGAGUCGUACGUGGAGAAACGUGUUGGUAUGACUUACGGCCCUCCCGGCGGAAGAGGCAUGACUGUUUUCGUCGAUGAUAUCAAUAUGCCUGUUGUCAACGAGUGGGGUGACCAGGUAACUAAUGAAAUAGUACGUCAAAUGAUGGAGUACGGCGGCUUCUAUUCAUUAGAGAAGCCUGGAGAGUUCAUUAUAAUUGCAGAUAUACAGAUGUUUGGUGCAAUGAUUCAUCCAGGUGGCGGUCGAAAUGAUAUACCCCCUCGCUUGAAACGACAAUUUAAUAUAUUUAAUUGUACUUUACCUAGUACGAUUUCAAUGGACAGAAUAUUUGAAACCAUUAGUGCUGGUUAUUUUUGCAAAUCACGUUUCGACAAGAAAAUUGUUGAAUUUAUGCCUAGAUUAGUGCCAGUUACUCGUAUUAUUUGGCAACAAACAAAGGUUAAAAUGUUGCCAACGCCUGCUAAAUUUCACUACGUAUUCAAUCUUAGAGAUUUGUCUCGCAUAUGGGAGGGUAUAUUAUUCAUUAAAAGAGAAGAAUUACCAUCUAUAAAAACUGCUCUUAAAUUGUGGUUUCAUGAAUGCUUAAGGGUUAUUUCUGACAGGUUCACAACAUUCGAGGAUAAAGAUUGGUUUGUAGUAAACUUUUGGAAAACGGCUGCGCAAGAGUUACCGGAUGUGGUAAGCGAGUUUCCUGAGGGGGAGACAUUCUUUGUGAACUUCUUGCGAGAGCCAGUAGAGCCGACUGGAGAUGAGGACGAAGACUUUAGCACUGAUGCGCCUAAAAUUUAUGAAGAACUACCCGCAUGGGACUUCGUAUUGAUGAAGCUUGGACAGUUCCAAGAACAGUUUAAUGAUCAAAUCAGAGGUGCUCACUUGGACCUUGUCUUUUUCCACGACGCUAUGGUGCAUUUGUUUAUUAUAUCGAGAAUCAUAAAUACACCACGAGGUAAUGCAUUAUUAGUAGGUGUCGGUGGUUCCGGUAAACAAAGCUUGACUAAAUUGGCCUCUUAUAUAGCGAACUUCUCCUUUUAUCAAAUUACAUUAUCAAGGUCAUACAAUGUGAACAAUUUCAUGGACGAUAUAAAGUACUUGUACAGAGUUGCUGGUCUUCAAGGACAGGGCAUCACAUUUAUAUUUACAGACAAUGACAUAAAGGAUGAGCAGUUUCUGGAGUUUCUAAAUAAUAUUCUUAGCUCGGGAGAGAUAGCUAAUCUGUUCCCUAAAGAUGAAAUGGAUGAGAUACUGAAUGAAUUAACUCCGAUAAUGAAGAAAUACGCUCCGAGAAGGAUUCCGGUCCCCGACGUUCUUUAUGAAUACUUCAUUAUGCGAUCUAGGUCAAAUUUGCACGUUGUUUUGUGUUUCUCGCCGGUUGGAGAAAAAUUUCGAAGCAGAGCCUUAAAGUUCCCUGGCCUCAUUUCCGGAUCUGUAAUGGACUGGUUCCAGAAAUGGCCUAAAGAAGCACUGAUUGAAGUGGCAUCACAUUAUUUGUCAGAUUUCCAUGUUGUAUGUUCUGCGGAGACAAAGCUACAAUUGAUUGAAAUCAUGGGCAUGGUGCAGGAUAAUGUGGCUGAGACCUGCAUUAUGUACUACGAUAGAUUUAGGAGACAGACACACGUCACUCCAAAGUCUUAUCUGUCUUUCCUGGAAGGGUACAAAGUUUUGUAUAAGGAGAAGCAUAUGAAUAUUGCAGAAAUGGCAAGAAGAAUGACAACUGGUCUUGACAAACUGGUCGAAGCAGCAGCAAGCGUUGAUAUUUUGAAGAAAGAACUGGAAGUGAAAGAACUUGAAAUAAAGGAAGCGACGGCAAAAGCUGAAGAGGUACUCGCAGCUGUAGCUGAAUCAGCAGCUGCUGCUGAAGUAGUAAAAGCUGAAGUGCUGGAAGUAAAAGAUCGCGCCGUGAAGUUGGUCAGUGUGAUUGCAGCGGAAACUGCCAUUGCUGAGGAGAAGUUGGCUGCGGCCAAACCAGCUCUUGACGCUGCCGAGGCUGCUUUACAGACAAUUAAUGCUGCCGAUAUUGCGACAGUGAGGAAAUUGGGCAAGCCGCCGUACCUCAUUACACUGAUUAUGGAUGCUGUCAUAUUGCUAUUCCGAAAACGAAUUGACUCUGUCAGACCUGAUCCUGAGAAACAGUUCUUGAUGGCUUCUUGGGCAGAAUCUUUGAAGGUAAUGGCGGAUUCAAGAUUCUUAAACAAUUUGAAAUUUUAUCCAAAGGAUGAAAUCAAUGCUGAAAUGGUUGAUCUAUUGCAGCCUUAUUUCAAUUUCAGCCAGUACACAUUCGAAGCUGCUAAAGUGGCGUGCGGCAACGUCGCCGGUCUCAUUUCAUGGACCAUAGCAAUGGCACAGUUCUACUCGGUAAACAAGGAUGUUCUACCUUUGAAGGCGAAUCUAGCAAUUAUGCAGGGGAAGUAUCAAGCUGCUAAGAGGGAGCUCGAGUCUGCUGAAGCUCAGUUACAAGCGAAGGAGCGCGAGUUGGCUGCAGUACAAAAACAGUUCGAUGACGCUAUGGCAUUGAAACAAGCGGUACUAGAUGACGCGGCCAAGUGCCAGCAAAAGAUGGACGCUGCCACCGCGCUAAUUAACGGUCUGAGCGGCGAAAGGGUCCGGUGGACUGAGCAAUCUGCUUUGUUUAAGUCGGAGAUUGAGAGGCUGGUCGGCGAUAUAUUAUUGCUCACUGGAUUCCUAUCAUACUCUGGUCCCUUUAAUCAAGAAUUUCGUUCGCUAUUGAUAAGCAGCUGGCUAUCUGAACUGUUACGAAGAAAAAUACCUGUAUCUAUGAACUUGAACAUCACAGAUCAACUUACGGAUACAGCUACGAUUGGUGAUUGGAAUCUGUGUGGACUGCCGACGGACGAGCUCUCGAUUCAAAACGGCAUUAUCGUAACAAAAGCAUCCCGUUUUCCACUGCUCAUCGAUCCACAGACUCAGGGAAAAAUUUGGAUUAAAAACAUGGAAAAGUUUAAUGAUCUAAUCGUUACUACACUAAAUCAUAAAUAUUUUAGAAAUCAUAUAGAAGACUGUGUUUCACUCGGUAGACCAUUGCUUAUUGAAGAUGUCGCUGAAGAGUUGGAUCCUGCUCUUGACAAUAUACUAGAACGGAAUUAUAUAAAAAUCGGAUCUACCUUUAAGGUGAAACUGGGUGACAAAGAAAUCGACGUGACCCAUGGUCAUAAGAUUUACAUAACAACGAAACUACCUAACCCCGCGUAUACUCCUGAGAUUUCAGCACGCACUUCAAUAAUCGACUUUACUGUAACAAUGCAAGGUUUGGAAGACCAGUUGUUAGGGCGAGUGAUUUUAACGGAGAAGGCCGAGAUGGAGGCUGAACGUACUCAAUUGAUUAUGGACGUGACGGCUAACCGAAGAAAAAUGCAGGAAUUAGAAGCGAACUUGCUACACAAGCUGACCACAAUCCAGGGCUCCUUGGUGGAGGAUGUUUCUUUGAUACAAGUGCUUAAUAUCACUAAAUCCACGGCCACUGAAGUAAAAGAAAAACUUGACGUGGCCAAAGAGACAGAGAUAAAGAUCAACGCUGCCCGCGAAGAGUUCCGCCCGGUCGCGACUCGAGGCUCGGUGUUGUACUUCCUAAUUUGCAAUAUGUCGCUUGUAUGUAACAUGUACCAGACGUCGCUCGCUCAGUUUUUAGAGCGGUUCGAUAUAUCUAUGGAAAGAUCGCCACAGAGCCCUAUCACUACCAGGAGAAUCGCAUUUAUCAUUGAUUAUUUGACUUAUGACGUAUUCAAAUAUAUAAGUCGAGGAUUCUAUGAAAAGCACAAGUACUUGUUUACGCUGCUACUUACUCUGAAGAUUGAUUUGCAGAAGGAAUAUAUAACAUACGAUGAAUUCCAGAUAUUAAUCAAGGGUGGUGCUGCGUUGGAUUUGAACGCGUGUCCACCCAAGCCUUUUAAAUGGGUGACCGAUAUGUCAUGGUUGAAUUUGGUGCAGUUGUCAGAAUUACGACAAUAUACAAAUAUACUUAAUCAAGUUACCAAUAAUGAAAAAGGAUGGAAAAAUUGGUUCGAUAAAGAGGCACCUGAAGAUGAGCCGUUGCCCGACGGAUACAAUUCUUUGGACGUGUUUCGGAAACUGUUGAUCGUACGUGCAUGGUGUCCCGAUAGAACACUUGCACAAAGUUUGAAAUACGUCAUACACUCUAUGGGCGCAAGAUUUUCUGAAGCGGUUAUUGUUAAUUAUGAGCAAAUGGUCCUAGAGUCACGGCCUCUUGUUCCGUUGAUUGGAUUCCUUGCAAUGGGCUCUGACCCAACUCCGUCAAUCGAGACGACAGCCAAGCGUCUAGAGUGUCUGUGUUCUUCAAUAUCUAUGGGCCAAGGGCAAGAGGUUCAUGCGAGGAAACUUAUAGAUCGAGCAUUGAAAGAGGGUCUAUGGGUGUUAUUACAAAACUGCCACUUGGGUUUGGAAUACAUGGUAGAGAUUAUGGAACAAUUCGCUGAAUUGGAAAAAGAACCAGAGAAAGUACACGAGUCGUUUAGAUUGUGGAUUACUACGGAAGUGCACGACAGGUUUCCCAUAACUCUACUUCAAAUGUCUAUCAAGUAUACUUGCGAACCGCCUUCUGGUAUAAAGGCUGGUUUAAUGAGAACUUACGACUCCAUGAGUCAAGAUUUUCUCGACUAUAGCGACAGUCCGUUCUACUUGCCGCUUAUUUACACUAUAUCCUUCCUACAUACCGUGGUACAAGAGAGACGCAAGUUCGGCCCGCUCGGGUGGAACAUUCCAUACGAGUUCAACUCUGCAGACUGGUUGGCAUCUUGUAUGUUCAUACAAAAUCAUUUAGACCAACUGGAGCCUGGACAAUCUAUAAGUUGGACAACUGUACGCUAUAUGGUGUCUGCGGUGCAAUAUGGCGGUCGAGUAACAGAUGAUUACGAUACUCGUCUGCUGGUGACUUUUUGUAGAGUCUGGUUCUCAGAUCAACUGUUUUCUGAUGACUUCCAAUUUUACAAAAGUUACGGUAUAAUGAAGUUUAAAAAUAUACCAGAAUAUAUCGAGGAGAUUGAGAAAAUGAAGACGGUUGAUCCGCCUCAGGCAUAUGGUUUACAUACGAACGCGGACAUAACAUAUCAACGCAAUAAGACCCAGGAGUUACUGGACACAAUCCUCUCGAUUCAACCAAAGGAGUCGAGUUCUGGCGGCGGAGAGACUCGGGAGGCGUCAGUUUACAGGCAAUCCAAGGAGAUGCUUGACAAAGUGCCACCUAAUUUUGACCCUCACGAAGUCAGAGAAAGACUAAAAUAUUACGGCAUGUUGAAUUCGAUGGUGAUCUUUUUGCGCCAAGAAAUUGAUCGCAUGCAAAAAGUUAUAUCUCUAGUGAGGACCACCCUAAAAGAUUUACUACUCGCUAUCGACGGUACUAUAAUUAUGAAUGAGGCUCUUCGCGAUUCUCUAGAUAAUAUCUACGAUGCGAAAGUACCGAAAAUUUGGUUGAAAAGUUCAUGGUCGUCGUCGACGCUCGGAUUUUGGUUUACCGAGUUUUUGGAGAGAAACAUUCAAUUCUCCUCGUGGUGUUUCCAAGCCAGGCCCUUUUCAUUUUGGAUGACUGGCUUUUUUAAUCCACAAGGUUUCUUGACGGCUAUGCGUCAGGAAGUAACUCGAGCCCAUAAAGGCUGGGCGUUGGACAUGGUCACCUUACACAAUGACGUUACGAAGUUUACCUAUGAGGAAAUUAAAGCACCACCACCGGAAGGGGUUUACGUCCAUGGUGUUUUCCUCGACGGUGCGGGCUGGGAUCGACGGAAUCUUCGACUUUGCGAGUCAACACUAAAAGUGUUGUACACUCCAUUACCAGUUAUACAUGUGUACGCAAUAAACUCUACGGCGCCCAAGGAUCCUAAACUAUAUCAGUGUCCAGUGUACAAGAAACCAGUACGUACCGGACUGACAUUCAUCACGCCAUUAUGGCUGCCUACUAACAAAAAUCCAGACCACUGGAUCCUCAGGGGAGUUGCUAUCUUAUGCGAUAUCAAGUAGCCUCGAAACGUCAUCCUUUUCAUGAUGUUAUGUUCAUUUACAGUUUUUGAAAUCAAAAUAGGUAUGAUUGUUUAUUCAGAUAUUGGAGGCACAUCAACAUCUGUUAAUUGUAAAUUAUUAAUUAAUUAGACGAUUGUUCUAUAACUGUGGUACUUAUAUUUCUCUAAUCAUUAUGAUGUGUAUUUUUUUAUUUAUUUUAGUUUGUAGUAUG